AUGUGGCGGCUAUUUCUAACAGUCUCGACAGCUUGUGCCUGUUCCCUUUGUCCUCUGAGAGUUCCACCGCGACCGCGGCCUCUGGACCAGUACAAACUACCAUCUAUACCGCACCUGAACCUUGAAACCAUGCCACAGUUUUGUGAGGAUUUUACUCAGUCAACUUGCUUGUUAUUGGGGUGGGACUCUCUCGGAAAGCCUGCAGCUGGAGUCAGUGACGGCAACUACUAUUGGCUUGGUGACUACGAGCUGUGCACAAAGUUACGAAGAGAUGGCAAAUUUGAUGGGCGAUACUGUAGAGUGGAGCUGGAAAUCCCUGAUGCACUGGUCGAAGAGGGUUGCCCACAAACUGACCCACUGGCCAUUGUUCUUGGUGUUUGCAUGCCGAGUUCUUGUACCGAUGAUCAACUUCAUCAGCUGAUUCAAGAUUAUUCGCCAUACAAGUCCGUCAUCGAUUGUGAGUUGGAUGUUCAUCUUUCGACUUCAGCUCUCAUCAUGUUAGGUGCGAUAUGUUUUUGGCUAACACUACAAAUACUCGUCACUGUGCUUGACUUACAGUCGUCUUUUUGGAUGAGCCUCAACAUCAAAAUCAACGCCAGUCGAGCACUUUCAACUAAACGUGCUCCGCAGAAUCUUCAUGCACUUCAUGGUCUUGAAUUCAUCACAUUCAUUUGGCUGGUUACAGCGAUGGUCUAUAAUUUUAUGCAACCUUACAUUGAAAACGUCGCCUUUUCUUACGACGCUGUCUCUUCGGUAGCUGCUCAUCCAACCAACAACUAUUCGUAUCUGGUCGACGGACUUCUGGCUCUAUCCGCUCUUUAUACCACCUACCUACUCUAUGGAGAUGUUGCCACAAUUUUUGAUAUCCUCGAUGUAAUACGAGUUACUUUGUUAAGAUUUUGGCCAGCUUACGCGUUUUGUGUGCUAUUCAUGUGGAUUCUAUUUCCUGAAAUGUCAGCAGGUCCUUUAUGGAUCCAUACAGAUACGGUAGAGCGGUGCACCGACAGUUGGUGGAAAAAUCUUCUAUUCAUCAAUAACUUCUACGGUGUCAAAAACACGUGUGUCGAUUUCGGUUACGUCGUCUCCUUGGAGGCACUUUAUUUCGUUCCACUAGUGAUUUUAAUCUACGUAGCCAGAAAACGGUUGUUACUAGCCAAAAUCAUCGCCAUCGUUAUCAUGUCGUUGACGAUAUCGUGGAGUUUCUAUCGGACAUUCGUUGGCGCUCUGCCGCCGGCUCCUCUUCUCACUGCCGAACCCGUACCGGUGGAGCUGACUGAACGAAUGCUGGACGAAGUUCUCGUGUCACCAUUUACUCGAGCCUCACCGACUAUCGUCGGCUUUUUGUUUGGCGUUUGCAUGUGGAACGAGGAUGGCACCUUAUACAAAGACAUUUUUGGAAAGGCAAGUUCAAGAAGAGCUCUCCCCCAAUUGAAUUGCGAUUCUCUACUGCAAAAAUUCCAUGCGAUUCCUUUUCAGUUGUUCACGGUGAUGAUGACGAUGUGGGCAGCAUUAUCAGGAUUGUUCGUUAUGUUCUCGUUGAUGCCGUUCGCCACUUCGUCCGUCGGCCAUCCACUGUUCCUCGCCUUCUAUGCGGCUUUCCAUAGACCCCUCUGGGCUACCUCCCUCCUUUCCUUCCUCUAUCUUUCCCAUCAUGGUUCAUUCGCCUGGAUUCAUGCCAUCUUAACGUGGCGGAUCUUUUCACCACUGUCAAAGCUCACAUGGAUCGCUCUGGUCUUUACCGAACCCAUUAUACUCUACUUUUUCUCAUCUUUAUAUCGUCCGUCCUACGCUACCAACUGGAGCACGAUCUAUGCGGCGGUAUCGGCAAGUACAUUGGCUUACCUGGCUGCACUACUGAUCGACAUCUUUCUGACGAGACCGAUCAGAUGCCUUCUACAUCGAGAACAGCUCUACCGAUACAGAUCGGCUCAAACCAGUUGA